AUGGGUGACGCAGAAUAUCCAAAAGUACCACGCUCAACCAUAAACCGGUACAGGCCACGCGGUAAAUAUGACUACCAAACAAUUCAUAGUAUUGUGAAUAGCGUGCCAGUAGUCCAUGUCUCUUUCGCUACCCCAGACCCAGAAGAUCCGUUCCCAGCGGCCCUACCAAUGAUAGGGUUCUUAGCAUCUUUUGAAAAUCAAAGUGCCAGUCUAGACGAUGCUCUCGAUCUCUACCUUCAUGGCUAUGUUUCGAGCCGAUUGAUGAAAAUGGGUAAAGAGGGUCAGGAUGAAGAGGGAUUACCGAUCACUGUUGCUGCGACUCACUUUGAUGGGAUAGUAUUGGCUCUGACGCCCAAUUCUCACAGCUACAACUACCGCUCUGCAAUCCUCCAUGGCUACGCCACGCCGGUGACAGAAGUAGACGAGAAAUUGUGGGCCAUGGAAAAGAUCACGAAUUCAGUCGUUUCUGAUCGUUGGGACAAUACUCGAGUUCCACCGAAUAAGACGGAGAUGACCAGUACCCAGAUUUUGAGGAUAAGGAUUGUUAGUGCAAGUGCGAAGAUCCGUGCUGGGCAGCCACACGACGAACGAAAGGAUAUGAAGGAUGAAGAAAUGAGAAAGAGAGUUUGGACUGGGGUUGUACCAACAUGGACUAGCUACGGAGAACCGCAAGCUGGACCAGAUAACUUGGCAGGAACGGUUCCGGAAUAUGUGAAGAGUUUUGUGAAGAAGGCUAAUGAAAAUGGCCAGAAAAGAGCUCACGAGGCCAUGGUAGAGCCUAAAAAAUGA